ACGCGCUUCUGCUAGGGGGCUUGCGUCACGGCUUCUUUCCGUGAGGAACGGCUGUUUUAUCGCUAAUGAACGGUCAAAACAGUUUUCAUGAAAGGUUUAACAAUAAUGUCCCGUAAACGAAGAAGGCGUAUGCUUAACUUUGGAUGUAGGAGCCAUUUUUAACUAAUUUAGCGUCGACAAAAUGGAGCCCGCCAGCAGCUUUCAACGUCUUGAUGUUUGCUUACGUGUGGGAUGAGACGCUUGUAUUGUUGAGAGUUUCUACAUGUCGGGCUCUUCAGCAGGAUGUUCCGGGGAGAGUUGGAGCAGACGUCACUCUCCAGUGUCAGAUUUCCACAGAUGAAAUAAUCUCAGUGCUGAAGUGGAGCAGACCUGACCUGAACACAGACGGCUACGUCUACUUCUACAGGAACAAACGCUCCUAUGAAAACUACCAACAUCCAUCUUUUCAUGGAAGAGUGAAGCUGAGGGACCCGGAGAUGAAGGAUGGAGACGUUUCUCUGAUCCUGAAGAAGGUCACGUUUAAUGACACUGGGAUGUACGAGUGUCAUGUAGCUGUGAGGAAAUCUGGGAGAAGUAAAAGAGUUCACACUGAGAUCAGUCACUUCAUCAACCUCACAGUUACAGCUGAAACACAUGAAAGCGUGUCGGAGAAACAAGGGAUGGAAAAAGGAGAUGGAAACAUGCAUGAUGCUGAAAGGGUUGGAGCUCCGACUCAGCAGGCCAUUAUUCCUGUUGUUGUUGUUCUUGCUGUUGUUGUUGUUGUUGUUGCCAUUGGUUUUGUGGUAGACCGACGAACUUGUCAACAUAAGAAGCAUCGUCUAGUCAAACUUCCUACUGAGGCCUCAGCUGAAGUGUAAUGAAGCUGCUACAGAAAUGCAUA